UAUUCAAAAAUACUACAUGCCAAUAAGAGGGCUAAAUUUACAAGAUUAUGCAGGGCAGAUUUGUUUUAUACUCAUUUAAUUUAAUUAAACCCGAUCCGUUCUAAUCUCAUAUGAUGUUUACUCAUGAUUCAUACGGAGUAAUUAGUAUAAUUAAAAAAAAAAAGGGAAGAGAAUACAUCUUUAGACUACUGUAGCCCUAUGUCCCCCCUAAAAAUCUAACAUUGUCAAAUGAAGUAAGUAAAUUGUGAUGAACUAUGUAAAAAAAUUCCCCUCAAAAAAAAUAAAAAUAAAAAUAAAAAAGAUUAAAGUUUUUUAGAUUAGCUGAUUAGGAAAUGAAACAUACUGGUUAAAAAAAAAAACCCCGAGAAAAACGGAGCGAGUUCGUGAUCCGAUUUGAAGGGGUGGGUUAAGCAGCAAUCAUCCACUGCUUGCGUCUCUAUUCCUCUUUCUCUCUCCUCUCACAUGCGUUCUGGGUUUUCUUUUGCUUCUUUUCUUGCCCCGUUUAACUGCCCUUUCUUUCCUAUAAAAAUUUCUAACUUCCCAAAUUAACCAAAUCAAAACUACUUCCUUUGACACUUCAUCAAAUGCAGUUUCUCAUUUGUAAUCGCUUUCAUUUCAUGAAGGUUGAGGCAUUAUCCGAGUUUUACGGCGGUUAUACUAUGAAUUCUUGCUGGGAUUGAAGAUUGAUGUUUUCUUAAUUUGAAGCUGCCAUGCCAUUGCAUGGUCUGAGCUAUCCACUUCUGAUGCAAAUACAAAAUCCCUUGCUUUGCUUUGUUUUUUCAUUGAACGAACGCUGUAAGUUCAGAUGAGAACAGCCCCUAUGUGCUACUCAAUCUUGCGAGUACCCAGAUGCAGAGUUUACUCUUUGGUUAAUACGUGGUGGGCUGGUUUUGUCCCCAUAAGUCCAACAUGUAAAAAAUCUAAUUUUAGGCUGUUAAGUUCUAGUGUUGGUGGGCAUGAAAGAAAUAGUGGAAGUUGGAGUCGAAGACCCUUAAUCACUGCAGAUGAAGAAACUAGCAAAAACUCCUUGAGCAGUGCAGUUAAUAUCAGGCAUGACUUGUCAGAUAAUUUAAUUGCGACAACAAGCACAGAUUUCCCAAUAAACAUAACUGAUGGUAGCAGUGCAGAUGUCCGACAACUAAUAGCUGAGAAUAAAGAGUUGUCCAGCCUUGCGACUUUUAUUGUCUUUGAUCUUGAGACAACCGGGUUUAGUAGAACUGUAGAAAGAAUCAUUGAGAUUGCGCUUCAGGACCUUCACGGUGGUGAAAACAGCACGUUCCACACUCUAAUUAAUCCUGGGCGUGAUGUCGGAAAUGAAUUUAUCCAUGGUAUUUCAACCCAGAUGGUCAGUAAACCUGGUGUUCCAAGGAUGGAGGAGCUUAUUCCAAUAUUGCUCAAGUAUGUCCAGAGCCGUCAGAAGCCAGGGGGAUAUGUGGUGCUUGUCGCACAUAAUGCCCGAAAUUUUGAUGUGCCAUUCCUAGUUGCUGAAUUUAGACGAUGUGGUUUUGAAAUCCCUUCGAACUGGUAUUUUGUGGAUACUCUUCCUUUAAGUAAAGAAGCAAUGAAAUCUGCAGGAAAAACUGGGUCGAAGACGUUGAAAGCACUUCAAGAGCAUUUUGGAAUCUCACAAGUAGGUGAAGCUCACAGAGCCAUGUCAGAUGUGCAUUCUUUAUCACUAGUACUUCAGAAGUUAACCUUUGUUCUGGAGCUUCCAAUCGCCGGGCUAGUGCAGAGAGCUUUUACGGUUGAUGAAUUAACUAGUAGCAGUACAAAGAAGAAAAAGAAAUAAUCAAGCUAGUUCUUUUCUUCCUUUGUCAUUACUGUAUCAUCAUUGUUGUUGAUUUAUAUGUAAUUCUUCUAAUCAUAAGCAAAUCACUCAUUGUAUUACGAUCAUUUGGACAGUUAUAGAAAUGAAGCAAAGUUUUAGAUCUUUCAGAUCAUUACAUUUGUCUA